AUGUGGGAUUUUCCAAACGCUUUGGCGUAUUGUCAACGACUCAAGACCCUGGCCGAUCAACCCAAGAGCGUGGGGGCUCCAGUAACCGACAACCGCCUCGUUCUUCAACUGGUGGUUGGCCUCACCGAGGCGUACAAGAACGUGGGCACUCAUAUCCGUCAAAGUAAGCCCCUUCCACCAUUCUCCGAAGCUCGCUCGAGUCUGUGCCUUGAGGAAAAGGCAUUGGCUGAAAUGAAUGAUGACUCACCGGCGGCUAUGGUGGCAGCUUCCCACCGUGAGUUUGAUGACUCUGCGUCUCUUGACAAUUCGAGUCAUUCUCACCAUAAUCGGGGCAAAAAUAACCACAAAAAUCGUGGUUCUGGCGGCGGCGGUGGCAACCGUCACGGUAGUGGUCGUAGCUCCGGCGAGACGCAGCAGGUACCGGUGCAGCAGCAGUGGCAGAAUCCUCCUUCACCUUGGCCAUGGGGAUGGAUGCCUCACUGGGCUCCCCCUUGCCCAUAUCCAACAACACAGUGGGCUCGUCCACCUUCUGGCCCAACAAGGAUGAUGGCCCAACCAGGGAUCUUGGGCUCAAGACCACAGCAGCAGGUCCAAUAA